AUGGUUCUCAGGCUGCCAGGCAGUAGGCGGCAGCAGCGGCGGCACGGUGGCGGCGGUGGCUGCUGGGCGCCAGCCCCUCGGCAGCUGGUGGCUGCUGCUUCGGCGCAGCAAGAGGAUGUGGAGGGCGGCUUCUGCAUGCCCGCCUAUGUGACUUGUGACAACAAGCGCAGCAAGUGCUUCACCGUGCUGGACAUUGAAAUAGGCGACUACCCAGGCACGUUGAGCCUGCUACGGGUCAUCAGCUGGACCCUGAAUGGGCUGGACAUAGUGGCGCAGAAUGCGGUGGUGCGCACCAGCGAGGACGGCAUCGCCCACAACACCUUCUGGCUGACCAACCGUGCGGGGCAGAAGCUGCAGGACGCCGCAGCGGAGCUGCUCGCCGAGCGCGUACGAGACUUUGUCACGUACUGCUCCCCGGAUGAGAACGCUGCCCGCAAGACCGAGUUCUGCGCCGGUCCCAUCCACAUCUCCAACAGCCAGCACGAGGAGUACACUGUGCUGACGGUGCUGGAACCGCAGCCCACUCCUGGUGGCAUGAACACCUGCAUCCUCCAGGGCGUGGUGCAGGGUGGCAUUUGUGACGACGAGCCUGUGGGGUCAGAGCAGCUGGAUGAACGGCGGUUGGACGAGGGCACAUGCCUGCUGGCCGAGGAGGCGGAGGGCAGGACCUUCACAUUUUGGCUGCGGGACAGCCAAGGGCGUAAGUUGGACUAUGGCGGCAUGACGGCCCUCGUCUACACGCUGUCCAGCGUGCUGGGGUAUCGCAGCCAUCCCACAGUGCCACCCGACCAGGAGAUGCUAAUGAACGCUCGGUGA